GAGCUACCAAACGCAAGUGUUCUCUGCUCGCUCUCGCUCUGGCUCUCUCUAAAUUUCACCAGCAAAGAUAGAGUCGGAUCGAAAGAGGAAGAAGUCUUGUUCGAUCUCGACAGCAGAUCGAAAGGACAAGAACAAGAAGAAGAACAAAAUGUCGUCGUCAUCAUCGUCCUCGGAUAAAGUUAGGGCUUCGCACAUACUGAUCAAGCACCAAGGCUCCCGACGCAAAGCUUCCUGGAAGGAUCCAGAAGGUCGGAUCAUCACCAACACCACCAGAGACGCCGCCGUCUCUCAGCUCAAAUCCCUCCGCGACGACAUCGUCUCCGGCAAAUCCAAGUUCGAUGACGUCGCCUCUCGUUUCUCCGACUGCAGCUCCGCCAAACGCGGCGGCGAUCUCGGUCCAUUUGGAAAGGGUCAGAUGCAAAAACCUUUUGAAGAAGCAACAUAUGCACUGAAAGUUGGUGAGAUAAGUGACAUUGUGGAUACCGAUAGUGGCACCCACAUCAUCAUGAGAACCGGUUGAUUUAACCAUCAAGAAUGUUUUGUGUGUGUGUGUGUGUUUUCUCAAAGCACUGGUUGCAAAUAGGAUUUUCUCUUCUGAUUAGGGAUGCAAUCUUCGACAUUAAUACCACUGAUCUCUGUGCUUUGGGAUUAUUUGAAUUGUUCUGAGGAAUUCUGAAUUUAGUGAUUUACCUGUAUUGAGUUGGAAGAUUGGGAUUUACUUGAUGAUUUUCAAUUUGAUCCCUGGUAUAAUGAAUAUAUCUCUAUUUCUAUAUGUC